GGUACCUGACUGGGCAGAAAAGUUCCAUCGGCGCUACCGUCCGACAAGCAGGGAUUUCGAUCCAUUGUUGCAAAAGCGCACGACAAAAAGUCACGAAAGGAGUAAGUCGACGAAAAACGAAUUGAAUCUGACGUUCAAAAAUCGAUAAUCAAAGUUGUACAAUAAUUCAUGCUAAUACAUUAAUGGAGAGUCAUUUUGUGAGUUUUACUUUGUUGCAUAUUAUUAAGAAUUUAUUUAGCUUAAUUAGAGAGCUUACCUUUCCUCAUCGAGAACUUGUUAUAAUCAUUGUUAUAAUCCAUUCAUCAUUAGAAUACGUUUUUAUUUCACAUUGCAGUGUUAUCUUUUUGUUCUUGGGAUAUACAAAUUUAUUAAGAUAAAACUUUUGUCAUAUUUAAUAUUUUGAUUAUCAAAUACAAUAUACUCUAUAAAGAAGAGUGUCUCGCAUAUCGCAUAUUGAAAAAUGUACCACGCCAAAAUAUUGCCAGGAUAUUAUCGGAAUAUGUUAUACGUUACACGCUUUUGUUUCAAGUUUGUAUUAAUUUUAACGAAAAUUCAAAUUUCCCAUUUAUUUGGAAAGCCCAAUCGAGAACAGCCAACGACAGUAUUUGGCGCAAAAAAAAACGCGCUCUGCUUUGUGGAUUUUAAAUGAAACGAUUGCAAUUAAAUCUAUCGACUGUAGUGGGCAGUUUUUCGAAUCACCGAGUCCGCAUUCAACCUUGAACCUUGAGCGUAUAUGUAUACUAAAUCAAAGUUACCCUGUUCCCACGUAUUGAGCAGCACUCCCCACUGCAACGGUUCAUUAACAAUUACAUGGACAUACUAUGGCACAGGUGGCACGAUAUAUAAAGUCACGAGGAAUCAGCGUGGCUGGCUAUUAGUUUGGAUCGUUCCACCGACCGGUUUGCGGACGGUUCCGACUUCCUAUACGUCGAUAUCUCCGGACGGUCGUAAAUUGGCCGAUUUAAUCGACCGAUUGGUCCAACACGUGCCGAAGUGAACGACUUGGAGUCGUGCUUGUUUCACUUGAAUCCUUGCGCCAGCUUGCUCCACUUCUUGAUUGUCGUCGAGAUUUAAAGGAGACCAAAUCUUGAUUGCCAAGAUCACUACGAGUUUGCGUCCUAAUCAAGUCUUUCUGUGUUCGCCUCCAGAAUUUGUUUCGUAUUUUGAAGCUGGUGAAAUCCUUUGUCUGUCACUAUGACGCUCACCGAGAGAAACGCCAGCCUUUUCCUAUUGAUUGUCACAUGUCUGCUGGUGAAUCAUUGCCAAACGUCGUGCAUCGGAAAGACUAUGCUGAGGUCCGGUGGUAUAUCGUGUGAGGAAAAACAGAUUAUCUUGGACGAACACAAUCGAUUGAGGCAACUAGUGGCAUUGGGACAGAUACAUGGUCAACCAGGUGCGGCGAAUAUGAUGGAGAUGAUAUGGGAUGAUGAACUUGCCGCGAUAGCACAAAGAUGGGCGGAUCAUUGCGCCGAGUCACACGACAGUCUGAGAAAUGUUCGUAGAUUUGCAGUAGGACAGAACAUUGCUCGCUCAUGGACGACCAGGCCUCCAGGACCUUACGACGGUGAGCCGAAUUGGAGACGACAAAUUUCUGGCUGGUUCAACGAGGUACAAUACUAUCAUUCCGGUUAUAGCAAAAUCACCGGACACUACACACAGUUGGUAUGGGGCGACACUUUUUUGUUAGGAUGCGGAUAUUCUUUCUACUAUGAUCCGGCUCGCGGUUACACCAAAAAUUACGUAUGCAAUUAUGGCCCGAGUGGAAAUGUACUCGGCUUUCAACCUUACAAAUUAGGCCAACCUGCAUGCGGCAAUUAUGGCAUGUCCUACAGCAAUAGAUACGCUGGAUUAUGUUCUCGUGGAAGUUACUAUUAUUUGGGAGCUCUAUGUGUAUAUGGAUAAUAUGAAGAAUAUGGAUACAUACUUAUGAAGAACGCAAGUUUUGAGAUGUGUUUAACUUCUUCAAUUUGUCCAUCGUUAAUGAAUUGUUUUUGGAAACGUAGGACUGUGAUAUAAUAAAUACUGAUGAAUAAGUCUUUUAAUGCUAGUAGGAUUCGGAUAAUCGGUUACGUUACGUAGAUUGUAAUUAAUAGAUUUCAUUAAUUAGGAAAUAAGCUGAUCCGCUAUGCAUGAUAUCAAUGUGUAUGUUGACGCGAUAAGUUCUAGUAGAUACAUAUUUGCAAAAUAGAGUGUGAUAUUGGAUUACAUACAU